UCUGUGGUUCAGCGGCGCGGCGCAGACCACACCCGGAGUCCCAGGAUCCAGGCCCAGUCAUGGCGGCCAGCGCGGAACUGCUUAGCGCUUCGGCGCAGCUAACGGAGAACAUGGCGAAUGCAACUGUAGCGAUGGGGCUGUUGCAGGAUGUAGCCAAGUUCGCCUCCACGGCCGGUGUGUUGUCGGGAAUCUUCCAGGUGGGCGGCAUCAUUCUGAAGCUGGUGCUGGGAAAGCAGGACAGCGAGGAGCUGAAAUAUAUGAAGGAGCAGUUCCAGAUCGUCAGGAACAAACUGGAUACGAUUUCGGAUCAGAUCCGGCAGGUGCUGUCGGAGAUCCAGAGGAGCACGAUCAACAACCAGUACUUCCCCAUCGAGGAGAACCUCAAGAACCAGUUCCGCAAAUACAUGGAGAUCCUGAGCUCAGCGCCCGAGUUCCGCGACAAGGAGCGAGACGAGUUCGUCGACCACUUCGUCGUGACCAAGGGCGACCAGAACCUGCACACGCUCUUCGACGCGGUCAUGGGCUUCUCCACCGUCUUUUCGAAGCCCAUCCUGGAGACGGCCAUGAGCUACGACCAAAGGAACCGGCGCCUGAUGGAAAGCAUGUGUUGCCGGCUGGAGGAGCUCUUCUGCAUCGGUCUGAUCGCUCUCAUGGGCCACGCCGCCGUCACCGGUAACGACGUGGAGGCGUUGAUGAAAGAGUGGAACCAGAAACUGGAGCACGUAGAAGCCAAAAUGAUAUCCAUGCUAGAUCAGUGCGUUAACGAGUUUGCGCAGCAGGCACGGAUAGUGAAGAAAUACGACUGGGUCCGCUGGUCAGUGCGCGUCUAUGAUCCAGUCGGGGGCUUUGACAAUCACUGUGUUGGUGGCCCAACCUGCAUUGUUUUCUUCCGGCUCAAUAACGUCAACGUGGUUGUGUCCUACGGCAUCGACCCAAAGCCCAUAGACGAGGCGCAGAUCCGCCAGUUGAUGCAGGGCAAGAACGGCUGGAGGGACGCCAGAGAAGUGGUCAAAAUCAUCAACGUCCCGCACAACUACAUGGUCCACGCGGUCAGGCGCUACAAAGGCCUGCAGACGCUCAAUAACUUCCCCGACGACUGCUACUUCUGGGAGAACUACAGUGGGGUCACCCUCUGUGUCCACUCCACAUGA